UAUCAUUAAGUCUGUAAAGAUGCAACGAAGGUGUUGUUAUUUAGAGUUUCUUCUUUAUUUAUUUUGGAUUACUAACCAAAUUGAGUGUCAAGAUCAUAUUAUUGGCAAAUGGUUUUCAAGUGAGGAGGUCAAACGUUAUCACAUUCCUAAAAAAAAUAUCAAACAUCAUUACGCAAAAAACGACAAUAUAACAUUUAGGAAAAGUUUGAAAAAAGACGUUAGUUUUGAAGAUCUCAGAGGGGAAGUUCCAGAGUUGGAUCACCAAGAGCGUUGCAAAGAAGUUGUCAAGAUAGGCUGCAGCAAAUGUGUUCACGCCGGAGGCCUGUUAUACUUGUGCCAGUAUAUAGAUUGUGUCGAUAAAGAUGCAACAUGUACGCCUGGUACUUGGUUCAAUUCAGAAAACGAGAAGAAUUGUAAUGAAUGUUUCUGUUUGGAUGGCACCGCGUCCUUUUGUUAUCCUUAUUUAUGUUAUGGACAAAAAAAAAAAUCUCAUGAAUUGGUCAGACUGCAUGGCGUGGUUAAAGACAAGAGCCUUGAGACAUGCACCCCGGGACACGAGUUCAUACAAGGCGUGCCGUCCCGGUGCGAGGGAUGUAAAUGCAAAGAUAAUGGUCGAUGGGCCUGCUGGCAUGAAUACAGAAGUUGCAAUGAAAUUGUGCCUGGAUUACUAUCGCAAACAUCAAAAGAUUGUGAAGUGGGCAAGUUGUGGAUAGAUGUGAAUUCUUGCAGCGUUUGCUAUUGUUUGAGUUCUGGUCAGAAAAUGUGCGGCACUGGUUUUAGCUGCACUAAGAAUAAACAAAAUCAACCAUCAUGUACUAAUCGGAAAUGCACUGCGGAUUGCUACAAUAAAGACAAUCGUACUCUGGGUCUCUGCCUAGAGGAGGACUGUGUUUGUACUCCGCCGUACACAAAGAAAUAAAUAAU